AUGCUUCCAUUGCUCUCAUGCAGGUUUCUUCUCCUCUCCACCAUUCCAAUCCUCAUUUGUUCACUCCUUGUACUGAUCAUAGCAAAUUUAGUCGAGCUCGGAACGGUGGCUCAUGCCGUGCUCUCCACGGUCAGUGUCAUCGCCUAUUUCUGCUGCUUCGUCAUGGGAUUUGGCCCAAUCCCCAAUAUUCUCUGCGCAGAGAUCUUCCCCACCAGGGUUCGCGGCAUCUGCAUAGCCAUUUGCGCCCUCGUCUUUUGGAUCGGCGACAUCAUAGUCACAUACUCCCUCCCUGUCAUGCUCAACAGCAUUGGCCUUGCUGGUGUCUUUGGGAUUUAUGCCAUUGUCUGUGUCAUUGCAUUUUUCUUCGUCUUCCUCAAGGUACCUGAGACCAAGGGAAUGCCUCUUGAGGUCAUUACAGAAUUCUUCGCAGUUGGUGCAAAGCAAAAGCAGCAGGCAAAACAGAAUUGAUGCGAGGUGUGGAAAGUUAGAAUGUUUGAUGAAGGAGGAGAAGAAGAUUAUGAAAUACAUAAGAAGAGAAGAAAGAGAAGCUGCAAGAGGUAAUAAUAUACUAAUGUUGAUGACAUUUUAAGGGUGAUGAAGGUUGCUUGAAUGCUUAGCUUUUUUCUAUUCAUUUUACAUUGUGAGAUUAGUUCUGUAGCCUUUUGUUACUAUGCUGAUGAAUUUUAUUCCUUAAUUUUGUUUUAUCUUUUGAUGCUUUGAUGUGGAGAUGCUAUUGCUUUUAAGGUACAGCCAGCUUUGUUGUAAUAAAGAGUCCACUGAAAAUUUCCUUGGU